AUGACGAGAGACAGCUUCAUUAUCCCGUCCACCCACCCAAUUAGGAGCCAGAUGGCACUUCUGGCCAAUCAAAUCAUGGAUGCAAGGAUUCUCAGCAGCAUGAAUGGGAGAGCAGAGCUUUCCCAGUUCUUGAGGGUCACCAAUCAAAGCAUGGUCUCCCAGGUAAAUUCCACCCAGGAUGACAGUCGCAAGAACAGGAAGUAUCCCUGCCCGUUGUGUGGAAAGCGCUUUCGCUUCAACAGCAUUCUGUCCCUUCACAUGCGCACACACACCGGUGAGAAGCCCUUCAAGUGCCCGUAUUGCGACCACAGGGCUGCCCAGAAGGGAAACCUGAAGAUACACCUCCGUACUCACAAGCAAGGCAUUCUGGGCAAAGGCCGUGGACGAAUUAGGGAGGAAAAUAGAUUGCUUCAUGAGCUUGAGGAAAGGGCGAUAAUAAGGGACAGGCAGACGCGGGCUGGUCAUGUUGGCCAACAGCAAACAUCCAAUAUAAACCAACUUCAAAAGCCCCAGCUGUUAGAGACUGUCCCGACACAACCGCCAUUCUUAACCAUCUCUAGUGCUGCAGAGAGCCAGCCACACACAUCCACAUCUCCUAAGGUGACUCCCUUCCAUGAUGAUCCCAUCCAGCCCCAACCCACCGGCUUCCGCUGCUCAUUCUGUAAGGGAAAGUUCAGGAAGCAGCAGGAGCUUGAGCGCCACAUCAGGAUCCUACAUAAACCCUAUAAAUGCACCUUGUGCGAGUUUGCGGCUUCACAGGAGGAGGACCUCAUCGCCCACGUUGAGACAACGCAUAUAACCGCUGAUUCGGGAUCGGGGCAGAGGCCCGCCAUCGGGGCCGGCGACAAGAAAAGGCCCGCUGGCGAAUUCCCCUGCGAGGUGUGCGGCCAGACAUUCAGCCAGGCCUGGUUCCUGAAGGGUCACAUGAGGAAACACAAGGACUCUUUUGAGCACUGCUGUCAGAUCUGUGGCCGUCGUUUUAAAGAACCCUGGUUUCUCAAGAACCACAUGAAGGUCCACCUAAAUAAGCUGGCUGCCAAGCGUAAUCUCCCUGCUGAACAUGAGACCUCUGUUAACAUGGAGAACCUGACACAAGACCACCAGAGCAACCUCUACUCACAGUACAUCACCCGAAUUCACAACAGGUUCCUCACAGCUGAGAGAGCCGACCAUCAAGAUUAUAGCCAGCUGCUCGCCACAGCUGGCGUUGACAUGAAGGUUAGGGAGAUGUUAGGGAGGAUGAUUUCCUCAGGUCCAGGCCCCUUGACAGAUGCAGAGAGCUCCUCCUUACUGGGUUUAAAUCAUCUCCACCCUCCACUGAGCUCCACUAGCAUGGAUUAUCUGCAGAAGGUCAUGUCUAACAGAGAUGCACUCAACAGCAGCAGCAGCUACCCAGGCUGGCAGAUCAUGACACCAGGGUUGCCUGUUGAACAGCAAAUGUUCGGUCUUAAAGACCAGCAGCAGAGCUCCUCCUACCUGCCUGAGAGAUGUGUCCCUGUAGACGAUGGCAAAGUGUGUCUCGGCGACCAAGACACUCAGGCCAUCAGCAGGCCCGGUAGCCCAGGCAGCAUGAGCCGUCAUGGGCAGAAAGAGAUCAUCACAGAGACGGGGAGCUCCCACUCUGGCAGUGGCCUUGAUCAUCAACCGCUAUCUUCUUCUCCAGUUACAGGUGAGAAAGUCUACAGGUGUCCACUCUCCAGCGACUUCACCGCUGCACAGACAGCCUCCCUCGGCUUCCAUCUGGAUCGCUACCACUUCCCCCACUGGCAAAACAGCAGGGAUCUUUCUUCUCCACUGCAGCCCACCAGCAGCAGCAGCUCCAGCCCCAACCCCAACCCCAAGCUCAGACCCAGAUCCAGGGAAGACUGGAGCCCAGCCCACUAUCUUGGUCUGGAGAGCCAUGGUGAAAACGCCCUGCUCAUCAAGCAGCCUGAACUUACUGACAAAGAAGCAGGUGUAGAGGGCUCUUUAUCGGCUCAAACCAGGAAGUCCCAGUAUGAGCCUUUAGAUUUGUCUGUCAGGCCGGAGUCUGUCAUGUCUCAUUCGGGCAUAUCUCCGGCUGUACUGGUACAGAUGUCUGGCGUUUUCAGAAAUGGACUCUCCUCCUCCAUUACUCGCCGGCUACAAAGUUACUCUAACACUGCAGCUGAACUCGGCGUGAAACCUGCAUAUCAGUGUGACCUUUUGGUGCAGGGAACAAGAGAAGAGAUGAACGCACAGAAUGCCGGCUCCACAGGUCACGACGGUGAAGGUGAAUUCGAGAAAUCAGAGCUCGGGAGGGGGGACGAAAAUGACGCCAAGUGGAAGAUGCUGAAAAAUAAUAUCCUCGAGCCAGAGGAGCUGGGGCAGGCUGAUUUCCAGAGUCCUGGCGAGAAGAAGCACGAAACACCCGGACUUUGGGGCAGAGCUGUGGCUGAAUCUCCCAUCUCCUCUCUGGAGAGCUUGACUCCAGGACAGGGGGAUCAAGUCCAGCACCAGGGCGGCCUGCUCUCCUUCUUCAGAUCCCAGGGGAACCUGAGCAGCACACCUGCCAGCGCACACAAAGCCAGUCUGAACGAUGGCGGGAACAUGGAGAAAGAUGUUGCAUCAGCUCGGAAGCCAUUCCAGUGCAGGUACUGCCCCUACAGCGCCUCCCAGAAGGGCAACCUGAAGACCCACGUCCUCUGUGUCCACCGCAAGCCCUUUGACAACAGCCUCUACCCCGACCGCCGCCUCCGGCGCUCGCACACGCCCCAGAGGCCCUCCAGAUUGCCUCAGAGCAUCACGGGAGAUAACCUUGUGCCGGGAAGAGACCAGAUCGGCAUGACAUCGCUCUGUGGGACUUGAUGUUGUCGUGGCAACAGCAGAUACAGACAGUUAUGAUUAUUGUUUUAUCUUCGUGUCGAAGGGGUGAUUGAAAUUGUUAAAAAAAAAAAGAGUUGACAACCAACCUUGAUGUACAUUCCAGUGUUUACUUGAAGAGCCACAGUACGUAUUUAUCUGUAGCAAAAAAGCUGCCUAUAAUAAUAAUAAAGUCCGUUGUGAUGUGAAAGUGUAGCGAGGGUAUUUAGUGCCGUUCAUUUUGUCAGAAUUGUCCAAACGAUUUACUUGUGUUUACACGCAUCUAUCAGUUCAACACUUGUCCGAUAGGGAGAAUGUACCGUGCCUGCCCAAAGCACUUGUUCUUUCAUCCAGUAAAUACCCUGUGUUACAUUUUUGUAAAUAUCGCUCGAUUUCCCUUCCAGUCCAGAAGUCUUGUCUAUCUGUCAGGAUAUGGUGCCAGAUGUUCGGGCUUUAAUCGCGGCAGAUGUAAUGAAGUAGAAUGUUGCACAUCGGAGCUUCCAUUUGUUCUGGAUUCCACUCCAGGGAGAAAGCCUCUCUCACAUAUAAUUAUUGGCCAUUAACUCCUAUGCUUCAUGCCCUCGUGCUGGAACAAUGCUCAAUUAAGGGGAACCAAGGAAAUGGAAAAACUGCAGAGAUGCAUCGAUAGUACAUUCAAAUCCUUUUUUUCUUACGUUUUUUUGUAAAUUGAGUGGAACCAGCCAUGUGUGUAUGUACCAGAUCUGCCCACUAGUAUGAAAUAGGCCCAAUCAACACAGCUAUCGUGUGCUGCCAAGGCUAUGUAUGGUAAUUUUAGCAUGAUCUGAGCUGCCUCAGCCUCCUGUGCCAAAACCCUGCCUGUAAACCCAGAGAUCACCUUGGGCAGCUGUGUGCCUGUUCAGCCGGGGCCUUGUAGCCACAGCGAUGUGACUUUGACUGACAGUCGGCCUGACAACUCCAUUCAUGCGCCACCUGCUAGCUGUCAAUCAGGGUGGCCAUCCUGGGGCUAUUGACGGAGCUGUCAGCCUGUGUGAGAUGUGUCUGUCAAAGCCCACCCACUCUGCCACUCUGUCUCCCUGCCUGGGCAGUCUGACAUUCGUUUACUGUCCCCUUUCCAUCCCGUCCAUUUCUGUCUCUUUCUUCCACUCUGUGUCCGUUCGUCUCUUCCCUGUUUCCCUUCAGAGACACGCCAGCCCCUUAAUCCCCGAUCCAAUCACAGAUUCUUUGGGUACACGUUUGUCAUCCUCAAACCCUCUGGUUUUUGUAAUGGACUGCUUCACAAACACUUCUGCAGGUGACUCAGGCCUGAUAUACAUGCAGUUUUAUUGCUGCUUCUUGUAUUUGUGUGUACCCCGUCAGCGCUCUACGCCACUACUGCCACCAAUUCUUUCUCUACUCUCUUUUCCCCCUCAAUUUCUCUCGCCGCCAUCUUCCUCCUCCUCCUCCUCUGCUCACUCGACCCUUCAUCUCUCUAGCUGACAGGUGACAAGGUCUGGGCCUCCAGCUGACUGGCUAAUCGGAGACCUGUCAUACCUGUCAAUAGUUUUUCAGAGCCAUGCCAAGCCAGAUCAGGCCAGACCAGACCAUGCUUGUGAGUUGACCAAGGGCACAGAGUUAUGUGGCGAUUGGAAGAAAUGCUCCAAAAACUCACAGCGUUGUGGAAAUUCUGUCACUUGUACCCCUCCAACAGCCCUCUGGAUAUGGAUCAUCCCUGAGGCCUCAUCCUGUCAAACCUCCUAAUUAAGCGCAGUUUCUCUUAAAGCAGGGCCUUUAAUUAAUGCAGGGGAAGUUUGUUAAUUACUCCUAACGGUGAUGAAUGUUUUAGUUAACGUCUCACAACUGUAGUCAAUGUCAUACUCAGGCUCUGUUACUGCUUUGUAAGGGCUCAUCUUUCUAGCGUACAGCCCUGUUUUUUUUUACCGCUCCCGGUGUUGUUUUACGUUUGAACUCAAGGACUCAUCGUGUCAUCGCUUUAUCUAAAAAGGCAGUUUGCAUGUGAUCAGGUCAUGUCAUGCCUCCACAGCCUGAUUGGCUUGACAGACAAGUGAAAAACACAGAUGCCAAAUUCCUGUAUUUUAUCCACCGGAGCUUUGGCUCACCUUGACCUUUUGCUGAGAAUGACAUCCUGUUUACCUGCAGUAAAUCAAUCCUCAUUCUCUGACACCUAUAAAUAACCCUUCUCUGGAGAAAAGGCGGACAUGCCAUCUCAUAGUAUCUGAUGGCGUGGGUUUUACCUAUCAACCCCAGAUCAGAAUCAGGGGUUGAUAUUUUCAUUGAUAUUAAGUGAAAUGUUGAUAAGUUAAGUUUUGAAAAAUGCAAAUUGGCUAUAUAGGUAUCGUCUUUUUAUCUUUUGUUAUUUCUUUCUUGUCUUUCCAUUGUGGAAAUGAUCACCGUAAUCUUUUGUUUUCCUCUUGUUUUCCUGUUCUUCAUGCUCCUGAUCGUUAUCCCUCUCAUCAUUAUUACUAUUUACAGUUGCUUAUCUGCAGACCAUGUUUGAGGUCUCUUUCCCAACCUCAUCGAGAGAGGCGGGCCAUGUACAGCUAAUCAGCCUGAAUAAGUAAAGGAAACAGUUUGACAGGCCAGGUAAUGAGAAGUAAUGAAUCACUAAUCACAGUCUCUUACAACCCUUGGAGCACAGAUGAAAAAUUAAAGGUAAUUAGCUUGCACAGUUGUGAAAACAAUAUUUAAGACUGUUGGCAUCACAUGCCACAGACUUAACAGAUUUUCUCCGCCGACAACAUACAUCAACGCAGCGCUGAAGUCCUAAUAUCAAGCUGUUAUUGGAAAAGCUUUCUCGAUGUAAUUUUAGUGACUGAUCUGAUCAGGGUAUACAAGUCUCCCUUUUUUUUCCCUCUCUCGCAGGCAAUCUGGCCAAAACGUGAGCAUGACAAAUGUUUCACUUAGUUUUUCCCGCAGGAUUUUCUCCACUGAGGAAAAGACGGAACAUGCCAGAAACAUGCUUCUGAGACUCAGCUUUGGUUAAAGUAGCACUGAGGAACAGCGGAGUGUGAGGUAUUAUUCAUUCGCUAUACUUCACACACACACACGCGCAUGCACACACACACACACACGCACGCACACACACACACACACACACACACACACACACACACACACACACACAUAGUGUAAGGUAAUUCAGAGACGUGUGGUCAGAGCUGUGAACCCUCUGCAGCUCUCCGUGGUACCUGCGCUUGACAGCAGAGUGAGAGAUGCUUUGACAGGGUCCGUGUUAGACAAGUCUGCGCAAAACUCAAAGUACAGGAUCCAGACACGGGCUGUCAGUCAAAGCCGGCGCAUCUCCCAGCUGAGAUGUGCCAGUUUAGUCACAGUUACAAAGGAACUAAUAUGCGUUAACUGGAGCAAGGCACACAUAUGGGCCUGGUAGAGCCCUGUGUCCCGAGGCUGGGAUUGAAUGAAUGCCAAAAACAUAAGCCCAAGAUAUAAAAAGAAUUACAAGGGGACAAAUAAAACAUGGGGAUUAUGUCAGUGUGAGAAAUGGAGGUGUUGUAAUUCUGCAUGUGUGCCGGUUGCCUCUCCUGUUUCAGCAUCCAGGGCCUGUGGGCUGUAGCCCCGCAGUCCUGCACCUGUGCUCCGCCGAUCCAGGAGCUUUAGAGACAGAAUGGAGAGGAAGCUGUUAUACUGUACGUGUCAGGGAGGGAGAAAAAGAGGGAAGAGAGAGGCAAGGUUGGAAAAGAAAAGUAGGACAGGACAGACUGAUUGGGGAUGUUGGAGACAGCAAUCGGGCCCCAAAAUGCUGUAUCUGCCAAAUCAGAUGCCAGCACCCAUGUUUUGAGUUUUAGGCGCUCGUGUAGGAGAGUAACCGCCCUUAUAUCGUACAAUACACAUGUUUAGUUAAAUACCAGUGACAGGAAGUGACUAGAUUUGAGGCCACAGCUACUCCCCUGCUCAGCCGCUCGUGUCGUGUUAUCGCCCAAAGUUCAUUUGAGUUUCAAGCCUCCUCUCUCUCUCUCUCUGUUGCUCUAUCUGCUGAAAAGACCUGUCUCACAUUAACAAACAAUUGCACCAAACUCCAUUAAACUCCCUUCAUGGGGAUGUGAUAGUGCCUCAAGUUAAAGGCUGUAAUUGAAAAGCAUUUGACAAACCACGCACCGCAAAGCGACAAUAGACAAGCUGUGAUUCUCACUUGAGUUAUUCAGUGGAAAUGAUUAUCAUCAUUUUAUUCUGUGCCCCGCACAACUUGCUUGAAUAGUACGUCUCUAAAACAGUGAUUCUCGGAUUUGUUCAUGCUAACGAUCUUCAGAUGGAUAGACAUCCAGAUAAUGAUUUUCUUUUUCACCACAUGAGUCAGUAUACAACAGCCUGUGGAAUCUAUAUUUCUAAUGAAAUAAAAGCUAAAAUGAGCUACUUUUUGACUUUUUUUUGAUCUGAUGACACCGAAGCGGGGCUGCCAGAAUGCCACUUUGACAACUUACUGUUCUCCAACCUGCACUGAAGCGCAGCGUAACCAGUCAAACCCUAAGAAGUGGAAAGUCUCUCUGGGAAGAUGCUCCCGUCCAUUGAUUUGAAGUGACAGCCACAUCCUUGACAAACACACCUGUCAGUGUUCAAGUCACAUCACAUUUUCAGUUUUACAGACAGAAGACAGCAGAGGUGUGCAGGGGUGUGUGUGUGUGUUUAUGCACAUGCGAGCAUGAGUGCCCAUAAGAAAGUUUCUUCAUCCCUUUUUUUUCAUUUUUUGUGGAUAGAUACUUCCACUCUGCUCCAGCUGUUGUUCAGGAACACAGCCAGAUAUUCUUUCAUUGGCUUCUUCAGCCGAUGUUUAUGAAACAAGACAUCUGUUAUAUUUAUUUGCAAACACGCGUCAGAAAUGGAUUUAAUGUGCCAGAACCCGCUGACCAUCACUCUGUGUGUAUAAGUUAGUAUCGCUGAGCUGGUCAGAGAAUCUGUGUGUCUCUGCAGUGGCGUGGCAAGUUUUUGGCUGGGGAGGGGCUGGU